AUGCUCCUGCACUGGGGAAAUGGGAAUAUUUGGUCACCCUUCACAGCUGUGCUCGCUGCGAAGGGGCAUUUAACAGUGCUGCCCUCCAGCUACUCCUGCAAAUCCAAGCUGACCAAAUGCAAGGAAAGCCUUAUGGUUGAGAGGAUAUUUGGGGUGCUGCAAGGUGUCUUGGACAACUUUGUGAGCAGCCAGCCUACGGAGCCCCUCUUUACCCCAAGCUCAACAUGGUAGGAGGCCUAUGCUGUGGCAGAGAAGAAGUUCUUCAGGCACAUCACCAGGCGGGUCCCACAUGGCAGCCGGCACUGCAAACACCUGUAUCUCCUCACCUGCAGCCUGGUGGGCACAGGCUUUUUCCCCUAUACUUUGAAGACCAUUUUGAUGUACCUGCUGAACACCAUAUCCCCGUCAGACUGGCGCAGGAGGGAUUUCCUGCUGUGGCUGAGUAGUAUCAUGGAGUACCUGCACUGCUGCCUGGAGGAGAAACACCUUGACCGCUUUGUCGUGGGCAGCAAAAGUGCUCCUAAAGAUAUCAGCUUGCCCCCAGAAUUCCAAAUGUUUGAAUCACUCAACCUCUUCCAGCAGCUGGCACAGGAUUUGGCUGCCCACUGA